ACACACUCGCUCACACACUCACUCACGCACAGUCACACACAGACUGAACCAGCCGAGAGGGGGAAGAAUGAGGAAGAACUCGCACGCACAUUUCAGCUCUCAUAGAUUUGCUGAUAAAGCAUCAGAUAUUUGAUCGCUACGGGUCUGUUUGGGGGAAAACAAACGCGUGUAUGGAAAUCGGAGAGUGCAUAAUACUCGCGUGGGUCUCUAAUCUUUCCUGCAUAUCAUAUAUAAAAACCUAAACUAAUGCGAGAUGGGAUACUACUGACUGCUUCCGACACGCACUGUCUCCGUUAACACUCCUACCGCUUUCCCUCAGACUUGCAUCUUCACGGAGCACCGUUACGCAGAAGUUUGUCACAGAGUAAGGAACGAUGAGGCUUCGUGAGACCUCCCCACGCCUCUUCCCGAGCUUUCAGUGUCUAGUCGUCUUGGUGAUACUGCUCUUUAACGUCCACCAUGUGACAGCGGAACAUGCUCCGGACCAGAGCCAGGAUCAUAGUUCUCCUGCCAACAAGUCUUUGUCCUGUGGUGGGACUGUCACAUGUGCAGCUGGAGUCAUCCUUCCAGUGUGGGAACCUCCAAACCCUUCCUUUGGGGACAAGGUAGCCCGGGCCACGGUUUACUUUGUGGCACUGGUAUACAUGUUUCUGGGAGUUUCGAUUGUUGCUGACCGCUUCAUGGCAUCCAUUGAGGUAAUCACCUCUCAGGAGAAGGAGAUCACCAUUAAGAAACCGAAUGGUGAAACGACCACCACAACUGUACGCAUCUGGAACGAAACUGUGUCCAACCUCACCCUCAUGGCUCUGGGGUCGUCUGCUCCUGAGAUUCUGCUCUCGGUCAUUGAAGUGUGCGGCCAUAACUUUGAAGCUGGUGACCUCGGACCCUCCACCAUCGUCGGCAGUGCAGCUUUCAACAUGUUCGUCAUUAUUGGAAUCUGUGUCUACGUGGUGCCCGACGGAGAGCUUCGCAAAGUGAAACACCUGCGAGUUUUCUUCGUCACCGCCACUUGGAGCAUCUUCGCCUACUUGUGGCUAUACCUGAUCUUGGCUGUUAUCUCGCCGGGCAUUGUCCAGGUGUGGGAGGGUCUCCUCACUCUUUUCUUCUUUCCGAUUUGUGUGGUCUUCGCUUGGAUCGCUGACCGCCGGCUCCUGUUUUACAAGUAUGUUUACAAGCGCUACCGAGCCGGCAAGCACCGUGGCAUGAUCAUAGAGACGGAGGGGGACCGUCCUCUGCCAUCCAAGGUGGAUAUCGAGAUGGACGGGAAGAUGCUGAACUCUCACGCAGUGGACUUCUUGGAUGGAACUCUGGCUUUGGAACUGGAGGACAAAGACCUAGAUGAGGAGGAAGCUAGGCGUGAAAUGGCAAAGAUCCUGAAGGAACUGAAGCAGAAACAUCCCGAUAAAGAAGUGGAGCAGUUGAUUGAACUUGCUAAUUACCAGGUGCUCAGCCAGCAGCAGAAGAGCCGUGCGUUCUACCGAUGCCAGGCGACCCGCUUGAUGACUGGAGCAGGUAACAUUCUAAAGAAGCAUGCAGCGGACCAGGCUCGUAAAGCAGUGAGCAUGCAAGAGGUGCGCAGUGACACUGGAGAGAAUGACCCCAUUUCUAAGAUCUUUUUUGACCCUGCCUCUUACCAGUGCCUGGAAAACUGCGGAACUGUGGCGGUGAAUGUAAUUCGGCGUGGAGGCGAUCUCAACCAGACCGUGUCGGUGGAAUUCCGUACAGAAGAUGGAACCGCGAAUGCCGGCUCAGACUACGAAUUCACUGAAGGCACUGUCGUUUUCAAGCCAGGUGAGACGCAGAAGGAGAUCCGAGUUGGAAUUAUUGACGAUGACAUCUUUGAAGAGGACGAGAACUUCCUUAUCCACAUCAGCAAUGUCCGUGUGCUUCAUGAGGGUGAUGAGCCAGAGACCACUGAGGCCAAUCACGUGGACACCAUCGCAACACUCGGUGUGCCCUCCACAGCAAGUGUCACCAUCUUUGACGAUGACCAUGCUGGAAUCUUCACAUUCGAAGAGCCAGUCUCCCACGUUAGUGAGAGUGUGGGUAUCAUGGAAGUGAAGGUCCUGCGCACGUCUGGCGCCCGUGGGGUGGUGUCACUGCCGUAUAAAACCGUUGAGGGAACUGCCCGUGGAGGAGGAGAGGACUUUGAAGACUCCCAUGGUGUUCUGGAGUUCCAAAACGACGAAAUCUUGAAGACGAUAACAGUCAGGGUUCUCAAUCGAGAGGAAUACGAUAAGCAAUGCAGCUUUUGCGUAGAGCUACAGACGCCACUUUGGAGAAGGAGAGGAUGGACAGUAUACAGAGAGGAGGAGAAAGAGGCGGGGAAGGAAGAGGAGGAGCCUCUGACAGGCGAAGAUGAUGAGGAGCGACGCAUCGCUGAAAUGGGGAAGCCAAUGCUCGGAGAUCACCCCAAACUGGAGGUUAUCAUCGAGGAAUCUUAUGAAUUCAAGAACACUGUUGAUAAGCUGAUUAAAAAGACAAACUUGGCUCUUCUGGUUGGCACCAACAGCUGGAGGGACCAGUUUAUUGAGGCCAUCACAGUCAGCGCUGGUGAGGAUGAUGAUGAUGAAGAAUGUGGAGAGGAGAAGCUCCCCUCCUGCUUCGAUUACGUCAUGCAUUUCCUCACCGUCUUCUGGAAAGUUCUCUUCGCCUUCGUCCCGCCCACCGACUACUGGAACGGGUGGGCAUGUUUCGUGGUGUCAAUCCUCAUGAUCGGCCUCCUGACGGCUUUCAUCGGAGAUCUAGCAUCCCACUUCGGCUGCACCGUCGGACUCAAAGACUCCGUCACAGCCGUGGUGUUUGUGGCGCUGGGCACUUCAGUGCCAGACACCUUUGCCAGUAAAGUAGCAGCGACACAGGAUCAGUACGCCGACGCCUCCAUCGGAAACGUGACCGGCAGCAAUGCUGUGAACGUCUUCUUGGGCAUCGGAGUGGCCUGGUCCAUCGCCGCCAUCUACCACAACUCAAAGGGCCGCGAUUUCAAGGUGGAGCCGGGUAGCCUGGCCUUCUCCGUCACCCUCUUCACCAUUUUCGCCUUCAUCUGCGUGGCGGUGCUCAUGUACCGCCGCCGGCCCGACAUCGGCGGUGAGCUGGGGGGUCCGCGGACUGCUAAAGUGCUGACCACCAUGCUUUUCGUCAGCCUCUGGCUCCUCUACAUCCUGUUCUCCUCUCUGGAGGCUUACUGCCACAUCAAGGGCUUCUAAACACACGUACAUGCGCUCACACAUGCAUACACUCUCAGAACUACACACCUUCACACAGUGACACACACGUUCAUGCAUUCUGUGGAAAAUACGCAAAGACUAAAGGUUCAAAUAAAGGGAAAAGACUAAAGAAGGCAACAGCGGUGGACUCGCUUUCGGGUUCAUGUGGAUAAUGGUUUUUUUCCGCAGACCAUCGGCCUGUUGUUCUGUUCUCUCCACACGCCACUCCUUCAUCCUCUUCUUUCCUCUGUUUGUUGUGUGUGCUAAAUGACUGCAUCUGAUUGGAUGGGGUUUGACCACAGUGUUCAAACGUUAAAUCUAGACUAUGAAAAGCUACUAUUGCUACCUUUAACUACUGUAGUUGUGCUUUUUUAAGUAUAAAAGCCACGUGGGACCGUGGAAUCUGUAAGCUCCCUUCAUAGUGCCAUGGAACUCUGGGUAAUGUGGCUGUGUGUUAUAGGUUUGUUAUCUUAAUGUGGACCGAGCGGUAAAUUUGCUUGGGUGAAUUUUCAGACACACCACUUUAUGUGUUUACAGAUUAUGUAAUCUGAGCAGUCCUAACCGAAAGGGUUCAAAUUUUGCCCUUCUUUUACGGCUUGGGCAUCCUUCUAAACGGCUUUUGUCGUGUUCAAGAGCAGCUCUGUGUAACUUAUUGUCGUGAAGGCCAGUUUUGAAUCCAUCUCUUGCACUGGUGCAGUUCAUUUCAGUUCAGAAAGAGAAUAACAAUAAAGUGAGUGCAGAAUGCCAGCUCCAAUCUCUCCUGGCGCUGAAGCUUCAGAAACACAAGAGGUGCACUAGUGCAAGACUUUGAUUUAAGAGCCUUGAUCUGACGUUCUCAAAGACCGUAAAGUGCUAUUUGAAUGAGCUCGGGUUAAGGAACAUCCUGAAUUCUCUAAUGUGAACACACCGCGGUUCGUUACAGAUUAGAUUAUUAAUUUAUGCAAUCGAUGGAAAGUAUGUGAGGUCAGUGUAGUGAGAUAAUCCAGCAUGUGACAUGCUUUUGCCAACAUCACAUUAAGAGUUUACAAUUAUGACUGUUACUUUCCGUCCAAACCAACACGCAUACAUUUAUGGACACGCACUACGAGAAAAA